UAAACAAUAUUCAGCCACCGAUUUGGAGGCUUUUAUGAAAAUCGCCGUCAAUUGGCAGAAUAGUAAUCACAAUUUGUUGGAAGGAGUCGAUAUAAAAGGAGAAAUGCAGCAAUACAUGAACAGUCCUGCCAUGAAUAUGUACAAAAAGCGUGAACGCACACAAAACUGGAAUCAUCAGGAGAAGAAGUUCUUGCUUGACUUGUGUCGUAAGGACAUGCGGAUUAUCGAAAACAAAAGACUCGAUGCGGGGCUGACGGCGGUAAAGAAUAAAGCCUGGAAGAUAAUACAUCAGAAAUUCUCAAGUCAAUUUGGUACAGAUCGCACCUGUAAUCGCUUGAAGGAGCAAUGGCGGCGCAUGAAAGCUUGCACGCGUAACGAAAUUUUAGACUAUAAUAAUCGUUUGGCCAGAUUUGGUGCAGAGGUCGCUGAUCGCAAGAAGCCAUCGCCAUUCACAUUCGAAGUUUGGGAAUUCAUGCAGGAGGCCAAGAAAGCUUGCAAAUCAGAAGCUUUGGAUGGAAUUGACUACUCAAAGAUACCGUUGGCGCUUGAAGAGGACUACGAAUAUCGCGAAGAUGAACAAAAUGGCGAGGAUGAUCACGAUAUGGAUGAGUAA